ACCCCUUGUCUCUCUCUCUCUCUCUCUCUCUCUCUCUCCUUUUAGCACUGUGUGACUCCAGUGCGUUUAACCUGGAGACCGAGAACGUCAAGGUGUUUGAGGACCAGAGCCAAUGGUUUGGGUACCGUGUCUUGCAGCUGAGCCCAGGGAGGGAUAAAUGGGUCAUUGUCAGCGCGCCUCUCGAGAGAAACGGGACGCUCUUCAAAUGUGACUACAAGUCUGGAACCUGCUCCCGGGUCAUUGACUCAGGUCCAGGGACAAUGGGUCUGUCACUGACUGCCAGACAACCAGAUGAACUUGUGGUCUGUGGGCCUCGUCUGCAACAUUCCUGUGGGAAGAAUGAGUACCUGAAUGGUGUGUGUUUCACACUGGACAGGAGUCUCAACGUGUUGCCCAGUAACUACACUCCAGGGUACCAAGAGUGCACCUCGAAGCCCGUGGACAUCGUGUUCCUGAUCGACGGCUCGGGCAGCAUCAAGAGGAACGAGUUCUCCCAGAUGAAGGUCUUCAUGCAGGAGAUCAUCAAUCGCUUCCAAGGCAGAGGAGCAAAUUUUGCGGUGGUUCAGUACUCAAACUACAUUCGGCUUGAGUUUGACUUCAAUAAGUACACCUCAGCCCGAAGUGCGGCAGACCUCAUCAACAACAUAGUUCAAAUAGGAAGCAGCACCAGGACAGCCGCUGGGAUCAAGUAUGUGGCCAUCAACAUCACUUUCAUCAUCAACAUGAUGGUCAUCGACAUCAUUGACAUCAUCAACAUCAUUGUCAUUGACAUCAUUGUCAACAUAAACAUCGACAUCAUUGUCAUCAUCAACAUCGUCAUCAUUAACAUCGACAUCAUCAUCAAUAUCAACAGCAUUGUCAACAUCAACAUCGUCAACAUUAACACCGACAUCAUUGUCAUCGUUAUUUUUGUCAUCAUUGUCAACAUCAACAUCAUUGUCAUCGCUGUCCUUGUCAUCAUUGUCAACAUCAACUUCUUUGUCAUUGCACAGAUGCCUACUUGA